AUGAGGUGCCAGGGUAUUGGUCUUAGACGACUGUCUGUGCUGCUCCUGUGGGAGGGGCUCGCUCUGAGUCUGUGCUGCUGCUGGACCGGGACUUGGGUUGUUGCUGCUGCGGCCGGACCCAGUGAUGAUGGUGGUACCGCUGGGCCCAUGGGCUGGUUGCUGUCGGACAAAGGGCCCUUCCACCACUCUUUGGAGUUCACUGAGUCGGUGGAGAGACACCAGCAGGGCUACACUACCAGAUACAAGAUGUUCAGGGAGUUCGGCCGAUGGAAAGUCAACAGCCUGGCGGUGGAGAGGCGGGACGGCAGCGGCCUGGCACCGCCCCUCGACCCUGACUUCAUGCGCACAGUCAGGCAGUUGGGGCGGCGGCCCACCCUCCACAGGAUCACUGAGACCAUUAUCAAGAAGUACGGAACUCACCUCCUGCUGUCCGCCACUCUUGGAGGGGAGGAGUCCUUGACGAUAUUUGUGGAUAAGCGGAAGCUGAGCCGAGGCCCAGAACCAGGGGCUAGAGCUGAGGGCAGCAGCCACAACAAUACGGGGGUGGUGACCCUGGAGGCCCUUCACCAGCUGGCUGCCUCCUACUUCACCGACAGGGAGAACACCCUGCGCCGGCUCCACCACCUCCAGAUCGCCUCCACCGCCAUCAGGGUGACUGAAACCAGGACAGGGCCCCUUGGAUGCAGUAACUAUGACAACCUUGACUCUGUCAGCUCAGUACUGGUCCACAGUCCAGAAAACAAGAUCCAAUUACAAGGACUCCAGGUUAUUCUGCCAGCCUACCUGCGGAGCCGCUUCGUCCAGGCAGCCCUCAGCUACAUCGGCUGCAACUCGGAGGGCCAGUUUGUGUGCAGGGCCAGUGACUGCUGGUGCCAGUGCAGCCCGGACUUCCCACAGUGCAACUGUCCACAGACGGACCUCCAGGCCCUGGAGAACAACCUGCUCCGCCUCAGAGAGGCCUGGACACUGGCCAACGAGGAGUUUGAGGAAUCAGAGGAGUUCCAAAGCUUCGUCGGAAGGCUGCCAACCCAUUACGCAGUGAACAAAUCUGUCGUGGAGCACUUGUGGAGGACGGAUGGGGGUCUGCUCCAGCGCUACAGGCAGCUGGAGACCACGCGAGGCCUGCUUCUCGACAAAGCGCGUCACACCGCUAACAAGCUCUUCAGCCUCAUUAAGAGAUGUCGCCAUCAGCCCAGAAUUGUGCUGCACAGGGAGAGACCCCUCCGCUACUGGCUGAGCUACAUCCUGUCCCUCCUGUACUGCAGUGAGAACGACCACAUCGGCGUGUACUCUGAGCAGACCAGGAGCUGUUCCUGCCCCUACCACCACUCUUCGUGCCAGGGCCCCGUCCCCUGCGCUGUGGGAGAAGGCCCUCGCUGUGCAUCUUGUUCCUCCGAGAACCGCACCCGCUGCUCCAGCUGCAACCCGGGCUUCUUUCUAGGCCAGGGGCUCUGCCGACCCGCCGUACCUGACCCCACGGAUCCCUACCUGGGUUUGGAGAGCAACCGCGACCUUCAGGACUUGGAGCUGCGCUACCUACUCCAGCGCCGCGACUCGCGCAUUGCCCUGCACGCCAUCUUCGUCAGCAGCGAUGUGCGCCUCAACGCCUGGUUCGACCCGUCGUGGCGGAAGAGGAUGCUGCUGACGCUGAAGAGCAACCGCUACAAGUCCAACCGCGUGCACAUGCUCCUGGGGGUGACGCUCCAGGUGUGCCUGACCAAGAACAGCACGCUGGAGCCUGCGCUGUCCGUGUUCGUCAACCCGUUCGGGGGCAGCCACUCAGAGAGCUGGACCAUGCCGAUCGGCCAGCACGGCUACCCCGACUGGAAGAGGACCAAGCUGGAUAUCCCCCUGGACUGCUACAACUGGACCUUGACACUGGGCAACCGGUGGAAGAGCUUUUUUGAGACCGUCCAUUUCUACCUGAGGAGCCGCAUUAGGGAUUCGGGGCCAGGCUCGGAGGUUGGGGGACACAGAAACGCUAGUAGAGCGUACUUUGAACCACCAGAGGGCGCCGUGGAACCUGUGGAGGCGUAUUCAUCCCAGAACAUGGGCUACAUGAAGAUCAACAGCAUGCAGCUGUUUGGAUACAGCAUGCACUUUGACCCGGAUGCAAUCCAGGACCUAAUCCUGCAGCUGGACUACCCGUACACCCAGGGAUCCCAGGACUCAGCCCUGCUGCAGCUGGUAGAGGUCCGCUAUAGGGUCAACCGCCUCUCCCCUCCAGGGGCUCAGCCUAUGGACCUGUUCUCAUGUCUGCUCCGUCAAAGACUGAAACUGUCCAGUUCAGAAGUGACCAGAAUACUGGCUUCUCUACAGGCUUUCAGUGCCAGACAACCAAACUCUGUGGAGUACGAGGCAACCAAGCUAUGUAGUUAA